AUGGCAAAGCGGAAACGAAACCAAAUAAAUAGUAACUCCACCGUCGUACCUUCCGACAAUAGUUCCAAAAAGAGCAAGCCACUAAUUGACCCAAUUCGCAAGCAUGAUGCCGCGAUAGCAGUAUCUGAUUUAGAAUCUCAUGAACAGCCUAUUAUCUUCCAGCUUAUAACAGGAUCAUAUGAAAAAAUACUUCAUGGCGUCAUGGCAACAGUUACUGGCUCCAAAGUUGAUUUUGUCGACACAUUUUUAUUCCACGCUCACACAGCGGCAAUUCGAUGCCUGGCCGUAUCACCCCCCACUGUCGGGGCAACCCAACAGGCCCAAAAAGUUCUCCUCGCUAGCGGUGGUACUGAUGAACGUAUCAAUCUAUAUCAUUUAUCAGCACAUGCGCCUAAACCCUCUACAAAACCUUCAACUAUCUUAGCACCACGCGUUGCAGAAAAUCCACUUAAUCGUGAAUUAGGCUCCCUCCUCCAUCACUCAAGCGCUGUAACAAAACUGUGUUUUCCUAAUCGCAGUAAGCUCUUGAGUGCGGCAGAAGAUCGCCAGAUCGCCGUGAUUCGUACGCGCGACUGGAGCCUAUUAUCCUCGAUUAAGUCUCCUGCACCCAAGCAAAUUGGAAGACCUAGCGGAGAUACAGCGCCUACUGGAGGCGCCCCUAGUGGAGUCAAUGACUUCGCUGUUCAUCCAAGUAUGAAGGUCAUGCUAUCUGUUGGCAAAGGAGAAAAAUGUUUACGAUUAUGGAAUCUGGUAACUGGAAAGAAAGCUGGGGCUCUGAAGUUUGAUCGAGAUCACCUAGUACAAGUAGGAGAAGAAAGACAUUCACUGGGAGAAGGGAGAAGGGUGGUGUGGGGGACAACUAAUGCGGGCGACGAAUUUUGUGUCGGGUUCGAGCGCGGACUCUUAAUCUAUGGUAUGAAUAGUAAGCCUAGAUGUAAGGUUUUCCCUGAACCGCGGACUAAACUUCAUCAGUUUAGUUACGUGCGGGUUAAGGGAGAUGAUAUGUUACUGGCAGUUUCUACAGAAGAUGGAAGGGUAUUGUUUUAUUCCACGAAGCCAGCCGAUCUACAAGAAUUGGCCAAAGACAGCAAAAGCGCUAUCCCAUCGGCAAAACCCCUUGCUCAGCUUGGUGGUAAGGCAGUCGACUUGUCAGGACGUAUAAAAGACUUUUUUUGCUUGUGGCCGGAACACGAAUCACCUAGAUUUUGUGUCAUAGUGACUGCUGGUAGUGAUGGAGCAUUAAGACUCUGGCAGGUUCAAACAUCAGACUUUUCAGAAGAUGCCGACGGUCCAAGACAAGUCGGUACCCUGCUUGGAACUUAUGAAACCAGUCAACGAAUAACAUGCCUCGCUGCUUUUACAAUGCUUCCAUAUAAUGGCACUAAUCCAGCCGAGGAUAAUAUAACUGCACUCGGCGUACAUGACGAGAUAAGUACCGAGGAAUUGACCGAUAGCGAAUGA